AUGCCUCCUGUCGCACGUCCCGCUCGCCAGCGGCUCGUCACCAACGAGAACGAUGAGAACAGCAACUCGACGCGUAUGACGCGGGCCAAGGCUGCCGCGCUUGAAACCGAUGUCGCGUCUCAACCUUUGAAGCAGGGCUUCCAGUCCAAGAAGGCCCCUCUCACAACUGCCACCGGAAGACGUGCCGCCCUUGGUGAUGUCAGCAAUGUUGGCAAGACUGCUGUCGUCGAGGGAAAGAAGCCUCUAAAGAGCUCCGGGCUCGCCUCCAAAGCCGGCCCCACUGGCGUCCAGAAGGCCACUCACGCUCGCACAGUCUCCAGAACGACAGCACUCAGCAGCAAGGAGACCAAGAAGACCGAAGUCAAGAGAACCGGAUCCGGCGCAGUCACCAUCGGUACUUCCUCAGGGAAGCGCAAGAUCCCUACAACGUCAUCUGUCAAGCAAGAGGAGCAAUUGGUCGAGGAGGAUGAGCCCGUCCGCAAGAAGAUCAUCAUGAGCGAGAACGAGAAGCCUACCAAGCUGGAGCACAUUGACGAGAAGACCGACUUCGUCGUCGAAGACCCUAAGCCCAUCUACCCUCCCGGCGUGAACAACUUGGAUGAGGAGGAUCUUGAUGACCCUCUCAUGGCUGCCGAGUACGCCACUGAGAUCUUCGAGUACCUUCGCGACCUCGAGUGCAACUCGAUCCCGAACCCCAACUACAUGGAGCACCAGGACGAUCUGGAGUGGAAGACACGCGGCAUCCUCAUUGACUGGCUCAUCGAGGUCCACACCAGAUUCCACUUGCUACCUGAGACUCUCUUCCUUGCUGUCAACAUCAUCGACCGAUUCCUCUCUGAAAAGGUUGUCCAGCUCGAACGUCUGCAGCUCGUCGGCAUCACUGCAAUGUUCAUUGCGUCCAAGUACGAGGAGGUCCUGUCGCCUCACGUUGCCAACUUCAGCCACGUUGCCGAUGACGGGUUCACAGUUUCGGAAAUCCUUAGCGCGGAACGCUUCAUCCUGUCCACCCUCAACUAUGAUCUGAGCUAUCCCAACCCCAUGAACUUCCUCCGCCGUAUUUCCAAGGCGGACAACUAUGAUAUCCAGUCGCGGACAAUCGGCAAAUAUCUCAUGGAGAUCAGCCUGCUGGACCAUCGCUUCAUGCAGUACCGACCCAGCCACGUCGCUGCUGCUGCCAUGUACCUCUCCCGCAUGAUCCUUGACAGGGGCGAAUGGGACGCCACCAUUGCCUACUAUGCCGGCUACACCGAGGAAGAGAUCGAGCCCGUUUUCGAGCUCAUGGUCGACUACCUCGCCCGGCCUGUAAUCCACGAGGCUUUCUACAAGAAGUAUGCCAGCAAGAAGUUCCUCAAGGCUUCCCUGUUGACUCGCCAAUGGGCGAAGAAGAACGCUCCCCUCUUUGGCAUCACCGACGUCCGGCUAUCUCUCGAUGAGCUUGAUGAGCUAUCUGUAUAG